AGCAGUGGUAUCAAUGCAGAGUAGGUGGUUUAGUCCACAACAUGGCGGCCACCAUGAAGAAAGCGGCAGCAGAAGACGUUAACGUUACUUUUGAAGAUCAGCAGAAAAUCAACAAGUUUGCUAGAAACACCAGUAGAAUUACAGAACUAAAAGAAGAAAUAGACGAUAAGAAGAAACAGCUCCAGAACCUGCAAGAUGCUUGUGAUGACAUUCUGGUGCUUGAUGAUGAUUCAUUAUUGAUACCAUAUCAAAUUGGAGAUGUCUUCAUUAGUCACCCACAAGUUGAAACAGAAGAGAUGUUGGAGGAGGCAAAGAAAAACUUACAGGAAGAAAUUGGAACUUUGGAAGCACAAGUGGAAUCCAUCCAAAAAGUAUUAUCAGAUCUUAAAGUCCAGCUUUAUGCAAAGUUUGGCAACAAUAUAAAUCUCGAGGCAGACGAUAAUUAAAUAGGAAUAGAAAUAGUAUUGGAUGUUUUUGUACUAAUUAUUUUUGCUUCAUGGUCAGUUUUUUUUGAGAAACCCGUCUUUUCUUUAAAUUACAUUUUUGUUUCAUGUAUUUAAUUACAUACAUUCUUAUUUAUAUGUUUGUCUAAAUUCUCUGGUGUGUUAUUAAAGGUGGGUGCUUAAAAGUUUACUGAAAAAAGUAAUAAAGCUCACAGAAAUACAUUCUCCUUUCAUGCCUAUUAUAUAAGUACAUUUUAGGAAAAAAUAUUUUUAAAUGUUAGCGAAAGACGGUUCAUUGAGAAUAAGCACAAAUUACAAAUGAGUUUUAAUAUUUAGCAAAAAUUAUCACUCAAAAUGCAUCUUUGAAAGAGAUAGGAAAGCUUAAAAAUCAGUUCUGUAGAGCAGCCUAAUCCAAAUCCAUGUUGAUUUUCAAGUAUUAUUUAAUUCAAUCUAAAGGAGGAGGGAGUUUGGAGUAAUUUUAAGCAAGAAAAUUUUGAUACGUGAACAUUUGCAUGUUGUGAAAAAACCCCAACAUUUUGAUUUUUUUUU